AUGUUAACUCUGGCAGGCCCAUCUCGAGGAUUUGUCGUAUCAGAUACAAUGUUUUUUGAGAUCAAUCUUAAAAUCAAGGGUGAUAACAUCACUGGUGACAGAGAUUUUAGCAAAGGUGUAAUAGAACACUAUCUUGUCCCAUUUGAAAGUCAACCUGCGACCUCGCUGCUACAUAGUUGGCCGAGUACCGUAGAGUUGGUAUGUGAGCCUAUUCCAUAUCCUGUGGCAGUUACUCUUGACUUCAAGAUCUUGAAUGGACAACUUGAUCUCCCUUUCAAGGGGAAAAUAUCUGCUGGGACAACUGAAAAUACUCACAACCAUAUCGUUCUCUAUGAAUAUGAUGACAGUAAAGCAACCGACACUCACAGACUAAUUGGAGAUGGUCACUUGGUUGUGCUAACUCGUAAGUUGGUAGUUGUUACAAGGCUGAACUUCGUGCUCGAUGAAGAACCAGAAAGUAUGAUCUAUGUUUGCUUUUGUGACAAGGAUGAUGAAGAUAAGCAGACCUUGGUGAUGCUACAACACCCUGAUGAGGAGAUGGUUUGCAGUCAUGGUUCCUACAAAAUGCAUUUGAAGGUUGUUUGGAGGCCUAUCUUAAAAAGCCCACUGCACGACAAUUUUGAGAAAAGAUGGCGGUCUGUGCACAUGAGAUCGUUUAUGAUUCCUUAG